AUGCAAAAUUCACAAUCUCAAAUUACUGACUUUGAAAUACUAAAGCGUCUUGGUGAAGGUUCUUUUGGGUCUGUCUACUAGGUUAAGAGAAAAAGUGAUGAGAAGAUUUAUGCCAUGAAAAAGGUUAAAAUGAUGUCUCUUUCAACCAAGGAAAAGGAGAAUGCCUUAAAUGAAGUGCGUAUCCUUGCUUCCAUCAAAAGCGACAAUAUUAUCAGCUACAAAGAAGCUUUUUAUGACGAAAAGUCAUCCACAUUAUGCAUAAUCAUGGAGUUUGCAACAAAAGGUGAUGUUUUAUAAUAAAUUAGUGAAAAGAAGAAGAAACAUUCUUAUUUUGAAGAAAACCUUAUUUGGAAAUAUGCAGCAGAUAUGCUCUUGGGACUAAAGUCCCUUCAUGAUAUGAAAAUUCUACACAGAGACUUGAAAGGAGCAAACGUUUUCAUUGCAGAAGAUGGGUCAUUAAAGCUUGGAGAUUUGAAUGUUUCCAAAGUUUAAAAGAGAGAUUUUGCCUACACCUAAACAGGAACACCAUAUUAUACCUCUCCUGAAGUUUGGUAAAAUCGUCCAUAUGAUUCUAAAUGUGAUGUCUGGUCUUUAGGAUGUGUAUUAUAUGAAAUAGUCACUCUUGAACCACCCUUUAAAGGCACUUCCAUGGAAGAUCUCUAUAAAAGAGUCUUGAGAGGCAACUUUUCUCCAAUCAACUUGUAAAGAUACAGCUCUGACCUCUAGAAGUUCAUCGAGUCAUGCUUAAAAGUUGAGCCUAAAAUGAGAUCUUCAGUAGAGUCUCUAUUAAACCAUAAGUGCAUAAUGCCUCAUCUAAAACCAGAACAGAUAGCCAUGCUCGAAAAGAAGAAAAAGGAAAAAAUAGAUUUAUUGCAGACCAUCAAGCUUCCUUAUGGAAACAACUUGAAAGAAAUUAACAAGCGCUUACCCAAAUCAAAUUAUGACAUAUUAGAUGAAAAAAUAGAAGAAUAUGAGCAAGAAAUAAAAACUGAUUAAAUUCGUCUUAAGAAAAAAAAUGAAGACCGUCCCUACUCAGCAGUGGAUCCUACAAGUAAUUUAAUAAAAAAUAACUUAGCAUAAAAGCCAAGCGAAAACCCAAUUUAAAGACCUAGAGAUAAUUCAGCCCAUAACAACAACAACAACAAUAAUAAUAACUAUUAUAAUUAUUCUCCACAACCAAAUAAUAGAUUAUAGUCAGCUCAACCCUAAGUAAAAAGAGUUUUAAGCAAUAACGAUCUAGGAGUUAUUAAUAAUCCAGGAAAGUACUAUAUGCCUCCAAUUGGCAAUAAUUAACAAAAAUACAAUUAUCACUAUUAUAAUUAAGAGAAGCCUUAUUAACCUAAAAUUGCGAUCCACUAGCAAAAAGACUCAGUUUACAAUAAUGGCGGAAUUCAAAGAUAUAACUCAAAAGAGGUACUUUAUAAAAAUGCUGAAUAAAUUGUUGGAAGAGUCAGAAAAUCUACCGAUGAUCUAUUAGAAAAUAAUAGAAAUUAUGUUAACCAAAGACCUCCUUCUAAUUAUUAUUCUAAUGAUAAUAAAGGUAUUCCAAAACCAAAACUCCAACCCUUAAAUAACAUUCCUAAAAUUCCUGGCUCACCUUAAGUCAAUAACAAUGCAAAUUUACCACCAAAACCAUUCAGAAAUUAUUGA